AUACAACAUUAAUUAAUUCAUUUCUUAUAUCUAAAAAUUUAGCUCUAUCUAAUGAGCAUAAAAAAUUUAGAUUAGAAAUAGUUGAGCAUUUACUUAAAGAUGCAACAAAUAAUUCUCUUAAACGUACAAGACAGGAUACAACUAUUGAUCUGGCCAAAGAAAAAAUCAAUGAUACUAAAAAAUUAAAAGUUAGUAAAUUAAUUAAGAGAAAUCUUAGGGUUAUAAUUCAAGCAGAGUUUGAAGAGACAAGUCCAAAUGUAUCAUAUACACAAGUAAAUUCCAUUCCGAAAAAUUAG